AUGGACGACGAUGAAGUUCUUCAAUUGCCGGCCGAUACCCUGAGGUUACUGCAAGAGUUCAAUACAGAAAAAGAUGCAAGAGCGAAGCAGUUUGAAGAGCUCAAGUCGAAGGCGGAGAGCGACUUUGAAGGCAAGCUCAGCAUGGACUUCUUUGGUGAAGACUGGAAUGCUUCUCAAUUCUGGUACACGGACGAGACCGCACGCACAUUAGCAAGACAGCUCCUGAAAGACGCCACGAAAGACUCCGCCAUUGCAGUUGUGUCCGCUCCCAGCGUUUACGUGGCUCUGACAAACAUCCUUGCCGAAGAGUCAGAGCUCCCGCGACCCAAACUAUGCCUGCUAGAAAUCGACACGCGAUUCGAGGUCCUUGGUUCCGACUUUGACUACUACGACUUUGAGCAACCACUGCGGCUCCCAGCUGAGCUCAAAGGUAAAUUCGACCGUAUCAUCUGCGACCCACCGUUCCUCUCGGACGAUUGCCAAACCAAGACAGCAUUGACGGUGCGAUUUCUGGCUCGGGAAUGGUCAGAAAGUGGUCUGCGCUUCAUCUCAUGUACCGGUGAAAGAAUGGAGGCCACCAUCAUCAAGCUAUAUGCCAAGAUCGGGGUCAAGACGACCGGGUUCGAGCCGAAGCACAGCAAAGGGUUGAGCAACGAGUUCUGGUGCUACUCAAACUUUCAAUGCGAGGACUGGCGCUGGCGAGCGGAUUGA